CAAUUUGCAACCUGAGUGUUAUGAGCCCGGAUACUUAUCAGGAUCUGCCUUCCUCCCUGCCCUGUUGUUGUUGUUAUUGCUUUUUGAACCUUUUUGGUGUUGAGUCAGUCACAACGCCACAAAAACGCCACAGCCGAAUCGACUACACAACAGCCCGUGUUCUCUCACCAAUAUGCCAUCUACUUCCACCUCUGUUGAAAGGAUUGUUCUAUCCUCCCCUGCCGACUGGAAGCACUGGUUCUUCACCGUCGAAACAAAGGCCUACUCCGGCAAUGUAUGGGAAUAUGUCAACCCCAACAAGCCAUUUUCUGAUGAUUCCACGAAACUGAAUAAGCCUGGCCGGCCUGCACUACCGGCAGCAGCAAGCAGCGCGGAAACAUGGACCCCGGCGGCCAAAUUAGAUUGGAAAUAAGCCCAAGAGGAUGCUAAGAAGGAGGAAGAUCGCUAUGACGC